AUGGCAGAAUCCUCACACGUCCUGGCACCAGCACUGGCAGCCAUGAACCUAGACGACCACAGCCAUACAAUCAUCACGGCAGCCCAGCGCGCCUUGAGUAACCACCUCAUCCUCUCGGAAAUAUUUGACUACAUCAGCAUGGACUGGCAGGGCUGCUGGAAGGAUCGCCCUGUGGAGGCCUUGCGUGAGAAUCAUGGCACGGUCACGGGCUCAACGGGAUCUAGAGGCGGCGAGGUUUGCGAUACGAGCGACGAAAAGCGCCAAGACCAUGACAACACAGACGACAAUGACGACGAUGAAGAGGACUGGAGUGCUCAUCACUACUGCCGCGGCGGGGUUCUCCUGCGAUGCAUGCUGGUGAACAAGCUGUGGUUCGAAUUCGCGACACCGUUUCUAUGGAGGGAGCCGACGGAGAUGGUCUCAUAUCCGUCAUAUAAGACCGCAAUUGUGGCCAUACUGAGUGCCAUUGAGCCCGUACGGCGGCAACUGUAUGCCAAGCACGUUGAGAUAGGCUUCAACGAGGGCCGCGACAACGAGGACCUCACAGAGCUGGAAUUUCCCCGGCUGAGAGAAAUGCAGCUGAGAACAGACUACUGA